UACCUGGGGGAGAGAGUCCUGAACUCCAGAACUCCCGGAUCUGAGGGAGGAGGGCGCUGGGGGUCUGGACUCCUGGGUCUGUGGGAGGAGGGCGCUGGGCGCCUGGACCCCAGCGUGGGAGCGAGGGAGCUGGGGAUCUGGACUCCCGACGGAGGAGACUUUGGGUCUGAGGGAGGUGGCAGCCGGGAACCAGGACUUCUGGUCUGAGGUUGAAUCAGCAUGGUCGGGUCCCUUCACACCCUUCUUUCCAUUUCCCCAUCUCGGAGCCAAGGCAGGCAGCCACUCCAGGUGGCUGCCCCUUCCCUCUCCUGAGAUGUCAGGAAAGAGGGGACCACUUGUGUCCCCCAUAGGGGCCCCCCAGAGCCUGGGGGCCCCCAGCCCUGGAGCCUGGAGGUGGAGGAGGUGCUGACAGGUGCUCAGCGAGAUGCUCCCCAGUGCCUCCUGCUCCCUCCCCAUCCUCUUCCUUUUCCUCCUCCCCAGUGUCCCGAUGGAGCCCCAGCCCCCACCCUUACCACUACCCCCAUUUCUAGCGCCUGAGUGGGAUCUCCUGUCCCCCCGAGUAGUCCUGUCCAGGGGCGCCCCUGCCGGGCCCCCUCUGCUGUUCCUGCUGGAGGCCGGGGCCUUUGGGGAGCCAGCAGGCAGCCCUGCCAAUCGCACUCGGCGAGGGGUGAGUGAGACAGCACCAGCAAGUCGCCGGGGAGAGCUGGCUGUGUGUGAUGCAGUCAGUGGCUGGGUGACAGACCGCCGGACAGCCGUGGACCUGCGUGGGCGCGAGGUGGAGGUGCUGGGCGAGGUUCCUGCGGCUGGUGGCAGCCCCCUUCGCCAGUACUUCUUUGAGACCCGCUGCAAAGCUGACAGCGCUGAGGAAAGCAGCCCUGGUGCGAGUGGAGGGGGCUGCCGGGGUGUGGACCGGAGGCACUGGGUAUCUGAGUGUAAGGCCAAGCAGUCCUAUGUGCGGGCAUUGACCGCUGAUGCCCAGGGCCGCGUAGGCUGGCGAUGGAUUCGGAUUGACACUGCCUGUGUCUGCACGCUCCUUAGCCGGACUGGUCGGGCCUGAGGCCCAGGCUCAAGAACUAAGCGGGCAGAGGAAGAAGACAGCUGGCAGUUGAGUGACCUCAGGGGCGGCCUGGGUGUGCUGUACCUCAUUUUGGGAACUUGUAAAAUGGUCACAAAAUCACA